AAGUGGAGCAGCCGGGACUUGAACCAGCGCCCAUAUGGGAUGUUGGCGCUGCAGGCGGCGGCUUUACCCGCCGUGCCACAGCGCCGGCCCCGCCGUUAUCUUUUAAUUGCAUCUUUGUGAACUGUGGGAGCAGCCAUGCGGGACACGGCGGGUGCGCCGAGUGCUGAGCCACGGCCUCUCACACGGUUCCUUUUCGGUGAAUUUUAUGUGGCCCUGGUACCUGGGCAGUGAGAGGUGACAGAGAGGUGGUUCCGUGUUCCCGGGGGGACCCAGGCGCCCCGCAGGGCUCCAGGAGGCCUGGGUAGCCCCAGCCUCAGCCCCCUCGUCUGUGGAACGGGCACGAGGGAGAACAGCGAGGGGACACGGGGCCCGGCCCCCUAGGCCGUCGGGACUGAGGUGACGUUGACGCGAGCAGGCGCAGCUCCUGGGGAACCCGAAGCCCUGCCAUCGCCCACGGAUGUCCAGGGGACCGAGAGGGAGCCGGGGACGCCGCAGGGCUGGGGGCGGGGCUGCACAGCUGGCGGGGGUGCAGAGGCUGGAGCCCCCUCCCGUCGCCCGUGGGAGCCUCGCACCCCCUGCACCCCCCGUCGGGCGGCUGGAUGUGACACCAGCCUUUCUCCCCGGUUCUCCGCUGUCUGCUCCUUGCUGGCUGCCACCUGGGGCUGGAGCAGACCCUCUGCUACUCGGGCCCUCCCAGAGCCCCCCAGCCUUGGGGAGACAGAGCCAGGUGUGGGCCCUGUGGGGUCAGCUCGGGGCCCGAGCUGCAUGGUUGGGAGCAAAUGGGAACAAUAGAAAAGACUUCCUGGAGGAGGGGCUUUUGAGUGGGGCGUUGAAGAAUGAAUAGGAGUUCCCCAGCUAAGGCCGAGACGCCCUGUGACCCCCUCUCCCCUGGCUGGGAUCUCGGUGUUUGUUUUCCUGGUGGGGAAACUGAGGCGCAGUGGGCUGACAUGAUUUGCCAGAGCCGGGCCUUUCUGGGUUUUGCUGUUGUAUCUUUAACCCUUUGAUUCCAACCAGACUGGGGAGAGAGGGUGUCCCGGGGAGCGAGGGGCGGCAGGGGGCUGAGCCCGUGGUGGGGGUGACACCCCCUCUGUGGAGGAGGGCGCUGGGGUUCAGAGACCUGCGCCCCGCACGGGACAGGCCCGGACCCUGCUCCCUGUCCCAGCUCCCUGGGGGGCAGCAGUGACGGCCGAGUGCCUGGACCCCCGCCGCCUGCCCGGAUGACCCGGAUGGAGCUCCUGGCUCAGCCCUGGCCACGGUGGGCAUCUGGGGAGUGACCCAGUGGGUGGAAGACCUCUCUCCCUCCCUCUCUGUCUCUGUCUCUGUCUCUCUCUGUCUCUGUCUCUCUCUCUCUCUCUCUCUCUGCCUUUCAAGUAAAUAAAUACUGAAAACCAACAAGAAGCCCCUCGCCCGCAGGCCGUGGGAGCAGGACGGGUGCAGCCGCCUCUGGUCCCCGCGAUCGAUCUCCCGCGGCCUCCGCGCCCGGCCAAGGCCACUGGGAUUACUCAGCCCCGCUGGCUGCACCACGCGCCUGGCCCCCACCCGCUCACACAGCGCCGGCCCCCAGCCUCUGCCCCCAAGCAGACUGGGUCAGGGUGACCAGGUGCAUGUCCUGAGCACCUACUGUUUACCCAGAGAAUCACACGGCAGGGCCAGGGCCAGGGCCGGGGCUGGGGGUGGUGGUGAUGCAGUGCGGGGUGGGGUGGGGGCCUGGGCACCCCCGCCCCGUGCUCUGCCCGGCGCCGGGGCCCGGAAUCGCGAGGGUCCCAGUGCAAGGGGUCCCAGCACCUGGUGGGGGCGACGCCAGCCCUCCUUGCGCGGAGCUCCCGGGGCCCUAAAUUCCCUGCUACCUCCUCCCGGGGCUCCACCCACGCCCUGGGCCCUGGGGCAGCCUCUUCCCUGCCCAGGCUCUGGGACCGCCCUGGCCGGAGAGGGCUGCAGGUCCCGGGCAGAAGGCACCAUCAGAGGGGGCUUCCUGGAGGAGGGGCUUUUGGUGUGGGGUUUUGGAGAGAGCUUAGGAGCUCUGCCAAGCCUGGCCCUGUCUUUGCUCUGCCUCCCACCCAAAGGUUCCAGGGCUGGUUUUUUUCCGUAGCCGGAAGGACUGGUCCAGGCUGGCUGGUUCCGGUCCUUUCUCCCCGGCGCAGUCUUUUGAUCCCAACUAGGGGACCGGGAAAGACGGCCGUGGCUUCACCUCGGGUCUGGACUUGGUGACCCAGGAGGCUCGGCCAUUGUCCCCUCCUACAAAAUCCCGCCACCCCCGCCGCUCCCAUUGGAGCGCGUCCCGGGCCCUCGUGGCGGCCUGACCAGCGGGCGGGGGCGGGCGAAGUCCGGGGCUAUAAAGCGCCGGGCGCGGGCCCGGUGGCCACUGUGUCCCCUGGAGAGAGCGCGCCAGCCAUGCCCGGACAGGGGCCGCCGCCGCCGCGCGCUCAGCUCCUGCUGCUGCUGCUGCUGCUCCUGCUGGCCGGGCCCGCGCCGGGCUCGCCGGGACCCCCGGAGGCCAGCGCCCCGGCGGACGCCGCCCGCUUCGGAGAGUUACAGGAGCCGGACCUGCUGGCCCGGCUGCGCGCCAACCGGAGCCGCGAGCUCGGGGCCGGCCCCGGCAUCCUCAGCGCCGAACGGCGGGUCUCCCUCCCGCGGGCCGCCGCGACCCCGGCCAUCCCCGAGACGUCGCGCGUGCACCGCGCCCUGCUCCGGCUGUCCCAGACGGCGCCCAGGACGAGGGGCGGGACCCGGCCGCCGCCCCUGCCGCGGUGGCGCCCGCGGCCCCUGCGGGAGCUGCACCUGCGGGCCCACGCCGCCAGGGGGCGCCGCAGCGCGCGCGCCGAGGACGACUGCCCGCUGGGGCCCGGGCGCUGCUGCCGCCUGCAUCGCGUGCGCGCGUCGCUGGACGAGCUGGGCUGGAGUGACUGGGUGCUGUCCCCGCGCGAGCUGCGCGUGGGCGUGUGCGUGGGCGCGUGCCCGCACCUGCACCGCGCGGCCAACACGCACGCGCAGAUCAAGGGGCGGCUGCACCGCCUGUGGCCCGACGCGGUGCCCGCGCCCUGCUGCGUGCCCGCCAGCUACGAGCCCCUGGUGCUGCUGCACCGCACGGACAGCGGGGUGUCGCUGCGCACCUACGAGGACAUCCUGGCCCGGGCCUGCCACUGCGUGUGAGCGCGGGCCUCGGCGCGGCGGGCGAUGGGCGCGCCCUCGGACGGCUCCGCCCGCGCCCCUGCCCGCCGCUGGUCGCUAUUUAUGUCUUUAUUUAUUACUAAUUUAUUGGGGUGCUGUCUGGGGGCGGGGUUGAAAGAUCGUGUAUUUAUUGAAAAUGCAUUUAAAAUAAACGUGCCCGAAGGCUC